UGUGGUAGAUGUGGUGGCAAUUUUCUGCUCGACUGGAAGUUCGUUGGCAAGCGGGAGUACAACUGGGAUGAAGUGAAUCGCGCCAUCACCAUGAUCCCAGGCGUCUUGGAGACGGGACUCUUCGUUGACACGGCCCACAAGUGCUACUUCGGCAUGGUCGAUGGCAGUGUUAAGGCUCAGUCCAAGUAAAUCUCGUACUAUAUUUCUAUUUUCACAGGGAUUCGUUUAAAAUUAAAUGUUGGCCAUUAAUAAAGGAAUGUGCAUCUUGCAUUUAUCUA